AUGAGGCUCGCAUUUGGUAUCUCUCGGUCGUCCUUUCCGACGAGGGAGCCGCGGCGCUCCACCGAUUUCUUCGCUUCCACCUCUACGGCUUUCCCAUCGGGCCGCCCGACCACCGUGAAGAUCGGAAAACGGUGGAGGGAGUACCAGGGCGCCAACAACUGGGACGGCCUGCUCGACCCGCUCGACGACGCACUCCGUUCCGAGAUCCUCCGGUAUGGCGAGUUCGCUCGGGCCGCUUACACCUGCUUCGACUUCGACCCGUCAUCCCCCACCUACGGCACCUGCCGCUUCCCCAAGCGGUCCCUCCUUCGCCGCUCCGGCAUCCCCGACACCGGCUACUGCAUCAGCCGGAACCUCACUGCGACCUCAGGCGCGCGCCUUCCCGGAUGGGCAGAACCCGGCGCCCCCGCCUGGCUCUCCCGCGGCACCAGCUGGAUCGGGUACGUCGCCGUGUGCCAGGACGAAGACGAGAUCGAGCGGCUGGGCCGGCGGGACAUCGUCAUCUCGUUCCGCGGCACCGCCACCCUCCUCGAGUGGAUGGAGAACCUCCGGGCUACGCUCACGCAUCUCCCCUCCGUCGUCGUGCCAGCCGCAUUGGGCUCCGACGCGGCCGAGCCCAUGGUCGAGCGUGGCUUCUGGAGUCUCUUCACCUCUUCCAGUUCAACCCGGCGCAGCCUCCGUGACCAAGUGCGCCAGGAGAUAAGAAGGCUCAUCAACAAGUACGACGCCCGUGGGAAGCCUCUCAGCCUUACGGUGACAGGCCACAGCCUCGGGGCCGCCCUCGCCGUCCUCACUGCACACGACAUCACCACGGCGUUCCAAGACGUACCGAUGGUCACGGUCGUGUCGUUCGGCGGCCCUCGCGUCGGCAACGCUAGCUUCCGCCGUCGCCUCGAGGAGCGGGGAACCAAGGUGCUCCGGAUAGUUAACACUCAGGACAUCAUAACCAAGGUUCCCGGCUUCGUGGUCGAGGAGGACCGCAGAGUGGCCGCGGACGACGACAACGGCUGGCUACCGAGCUGGCUUCUGUCGAAGUCCGGGUGGGUGUACGCCGACAUCGGCAGAGAGCUUCGGCUCAACGGGCGGCGCACGGCCAAUGUGGUGGCCUGCCAUGACCUUGGCGUCUACCUCAACCUAGUGAACCAGCUAAGCGCCAAUUGCCCCUUGAGAUCGUUAGCCAUGCGAGCAGCAACCAGUCAAAACCAGGGACCGAUUCUUGGAUAA